GUUCACAAAGGACUCAUCAAUCAACAAAAAACAGCUGUUAAAAUUUCAAGAACAGCAUUUACAUGGAAGUUAAUGACAUCUUAGAAUUAACAUUUUUUCUCACACAAAAAACAGCAAAAUAAGAUAAAUAAAGUCGACAGGAGUUUAAAUUUUGUAAAUCCAACUAAAACGGCACUCAGGAAUCCAUUCGAAUGUAAGGUGCAUGUCACGGUGAUGAUUUCUUCAACUUUUUGAACGAUUAUGCUGAACUUGUAAAUAUGAACAUUAUGAUAUGUGAUAUGAAUGCCUCUGAGCCAACUCUCUACAAGGACCAAAGGAUAUGCAAAUGAUAACAGUUCGACACAUAAUGACACAGAAAUUGACAUGGGCUCACCACCAAACGGCGAGGAUGUUGUGGAAGGCCGAAAUACUCUCGGUAAUGAUGAUACUGUCAGUAGUUCUAAGCCUGAUGCUUCAAACAAAUUCCAAUCUCGACGUGAAGUAACAAAAGGAUUAUACGACGUUGCUUUACUGAUGGCAAAUGUAUCUCAGUUGAAAUCAGUCUUAGAUUCUAAGGAUAAUACAUACUAUACGGCUCUUGUUUGUCUGCUUAGUUUAUCGAUAUCACUACACCUGAUCAGUGCCAUUUUACUCUACGUUUUACUCGUAAUAGAAAAACAAAAUAAGAACAAACAACAGCAUGACAGUGAGGGAAUAAACAAGAAAGAAGGAAUUCAAACACAGCAAUCAAUGACCAGACAAACGUCAGCUACUGGAAGUGUAAAAACUGCAGUAUGUACAAACUGUUUUGCAGUAACACCGUGCUGUCGAUGUUGGCAAAUUUACAAAAUUGACAUAAUCGCAACAUUUUGUGUAUUCGGAGUGACAGUUCUCAAUAUUUUUAUUACAGCUUUUUGCAGCAGUAUGAAAACGUAAUUCACAAUAGAACAACAGUAAAGUAGUUUGAUGGAAGGUCGGAAAAAGUUUAAUUCCAAAGUAGUUGUUUACACCGGGAAGAACAGGUGUUGUUUUUCUUUAAUCUUUUAUCAUCGCUUCUGCUUUUCAAUUUUGUUCUUUUGAGUUGUAUUUUUACACUAAAAAAGGCUCUGUAUCGCUGCUAGUGGAAUGUGAGGAAACCAGGGGAACCAUUAAAUAUGUAGAUAGCUAUAUGGUACUGACAUUAUUUAUAAAAUAUUUUCUAAAAUACCACUUUGAAAUAUUCAGAAAUGAAUCAAUAACUAAUGUUCCAACUUCAUCAGUCAAAGUUGACUGAUUGAAUCUUGAUAUUCUUGAAUAGAUGUUGUUGUUUUGAAUUCAUUGUGACAGAUAGUUAUUUAUGUUUUAAAUAUUAAUAUUUG